AUGCUGUCGCUGAACAACAAAAAAUCGCUAAGGCGGAAACCGCCUCCUCCGCUCAAUGAGUACAAACAAAGCGGUCUACGUAUCAACACUAACCCCGGAACCGACCAUUACCAAUCGUACCAUGCAAAUGAACGGGAACAACCAAGCACCAUAACUCCGGCCAUUAUCGUUCCGGAGAAACAGAAUGAGUCGUUUGAUCUUUCUUUUGAUGAUCUGGUGUUUUCUGUCGAUAGUCCCAGACUCAAGGGUCCCAAAGACUUGCCAUUCGAUGAAUAUUCAAGCCCUACCCAGCUCAAGCAAGGAAGCCACGCCAACAUUCUAGAAGUGGCUGCGUCUCUUCUGCCCCAGGAGCCACUGAAAUUUAACCUGUCCUACGUUCAAGACCCUUAUCAAGAUACGUAUAGCCCGCGAGAUUACCACAGAGAUUACCACAAGGAUUAUCAGAGAGACGACCCAAGAGAUCACCAAAGAGAAUACGAAAGAAAUCACCGAAGAGAUCAUUACGCCCAACAAGACUCUUUUCUGACUUUGUCUCCGGUCUUCCCUCAAACAAGCAGUUCACCUAGCGUCUCGCCAGAUCUUCCACCAGGACGGCGCUAUUAUCCACCUCGCAAAUUUCAGAGUUUGCUGAGCUCAACUUCUUCGCCGUUUUUUUCUCGAGACGAAAGUCAGACAGACAUCCGCCCCACAUCUUCGAUUAAAGGUCCCACUCCUAGCCCACCAGCAAAAGACCCCACACCUCCGUAUCCGGUACUGAGCGAUCUAGACCUUUCAGACUCCGACGAAUCUUCUCCAAGGGAAGAAGCGCACUUGGGAGAUAUCGAUAUCAACCGAACACCAUCCAGAAUCCCUUCGCUCAUGGACGAUUUGUACUCGACUCAAAUGUCAAAGCUGCAAAGGUCUUUGAGCCGAUCUCCAGAUUACAAGUUUCUUGGGAACAACUAUGGUGCUGGAGUAGCGUAUCCUUCUUCUCCCGAACUGGGAGGCAACUAUUCGAGUCCCCUGAAUUCGCCAACUAAGUCUCCAUCUUUCAGUCGAUACACUGCUGAAUCUUCAUACUCGGGCUUUUUGGCUCAUAGCAGAAGCAGUAGAUCGCCUUCGCCUAAAAAGGGUAACAGAAUUUCCCCUACUAGCGGCUCCCUGAAUUUUUAUCCGAUAGACGAAAGAGAUAUGAAUUUCGGUGUAGGAGACGACCUACGAACUCCACGCUGGAGUUUGAUAGAACAAGAUUAUACCGACUAUUAUUACGAUGACAACGAGCAUCAUGAGGGAGAUUACAUGAAUGUUUUCGAUUACACCUCGCUUCCAGAACUUCCCAAACAAGAGCCUUUAACUCCGAUAAACCAUACAGCUUUCAGAUCAACGCUAUCGCUUUUCCGAAAUGAUAGUGGACUUCAAAGCUCUCCGACUCUUCGUCGAAAGUAUGAUGAAUUGCCUCCUGUACCUUUAGAUCUUCCACUGCUCCCAUUUUCUUCUUCUUCGCUAACAAGUCACCAUUUUGCAACUUGCAAGGAUGUGUGGUCUCUAAGAAAUAUUUUCGCUUGGUGCAUACAACUAAAUACAUGGGUGAGUGGACAAGACAUCAGUGAGAAACAACUACGGAAAGCGCUCAUCAAGUUGUUGGUUUUUCACAAGAGAAAUACCCCUAUUGAUAUAAUAGGCAAGAACGCAAGUGGAAUAAUCGAGACAUUUCGAUCGAACGGCGCGCUUGCUUUAGAGCCUAAGGCAGAUGAUGGAACAAAAAAGACUAAUGAUUUGUUCGCCCAUUUUAUACCGGAUAAAGAAGUGAGUGGUGUUUUAGUUGAUCUUACAGGGUGCUAUUGCCAUGACGCAGACCACACAAAUUUCUCUGUGAAAGACCAGAUGCUUAAAUGUUACUCAUCCCAAUGUCAGUUGAACAAGAUUAUCGAGCAUGAGCAUUUCCGCAAAACAACGAAUAUCGCUGAUCUAGUUUUGGGAUCAGAUUGGGCUACUCAUUGGCAAUUGACCCCAGAGGAAAUCAACAAUGAUACUCUUGACUCCAAGAAACAAUCAUUUCUUUUUGACCUAAUAAAAUUCGAGCAGACUUUUAUCCAAAGAGCAGACUGCUUUGUGACUACCGUUGGGCCGGAAUUUUUGAGAGUAUCACAAACCAUGAUAAGUCAGGAUGUUACGUUUUCCUUGAGAGAUUUUGGCGAAAAGCUCUUGAAAUCAGCAAAAGACUUGGUAUCCAUCCAUAAAACAAAUCUCUACGAACCAUUGUUGAAAAUACUCAUUUCCGACGGCAAGUUUCUUACGAACAUCGCCGGAAUUGCAAGCUUGUACUACGAAUGGUCAAAAAGCGUACGUAGUGCAUUGCUUGAGUACAUGAGUUGUGUACCUAUGAUUGAGUAUCUUUUGGGAAACGAGGCGCUCAAAGAUUGGGACUCAACAUUAAGAAACAAUCCAAAAGUCAAGGACUUACAAGUUAAUGGUAAUUUGCUCUUAAUGAGUACUUUCAAUUCUCGUUACCAGCAGCUACCCUUGCAAUUGAUGGACAUCAGAAAAUUUUACGAUGAACAAGAAGAAGAAUACGAAGUAUUGACAAAAGCUGUGGACUCAAUAAAAAGCCUAGGGACCACAGUAAACCAAAUGAAAGUCCAUGCUGACAAUGUCCACUCAUUAGACAUUCUACAGAAACAUCUUACUUGGAAAUCAAAUAUUUUCAAACCUAACAUUAAUCUUACAUCCACGAAGAGGAAGUUUUACUAUAGAGGCGAUUUGAACAAGAAGGGUGACCUCAAAAUCAACACAAAUACGGUACAUGUUAUCGUGUUAGACAAUUAUCUAUUAAUUACAGAACGUUCAAAGAGUCAACGGACAAUCAGAUAUAAGGUCACCGAGACACCUAUAUUGAUGGACUUCUUGAUAGUCGAAAACAGAGAUAAAGAAGGCGGCAUUACUGCUAAAGUUGGCACAAGCACAUCCACAUCAAAAAAUGGGGAUGGUGACGAGGAUGUAUUUACAUAUCCUUUCAAAGUUCGAUAUGCUGGAAGGAAACAUGAAUCUCACACAUUUCUUGCUGGCAGUGAGGCCGAACGCAACAGGUGGAUUAGCGUCUUGGAAAAGUCGAGGUACAACUUGAUGAAAAGAGUAUCCCCGCUAGCUCCAUAUGAUUUGGAUCUAGUGGAUAACUGCUAUUUUGCGUACGAGCAUCAACCGGCGAAAACGAAGUUGCCUGUGCUUCCUCCAAAUGACCCUAUACAAAUGCUAGCUGAAAGUACGAAUGCUGUUUUGAAAGCAAGACGUGUCCCACGAGAUGUAUUCUCUCCUAAUGUGCCAAAGAACAUGAUAGAGAGGAGAAAAAUAAAAUGUGCCGAGACGUGCACGUUUUCCAGAAGUACCUUUGUCUUUGUAGGUACUAAUCAGGGAGUUUUCUGUACCGACAGAAACAACAGAUGGAAACAGAUAUUGAACACGUCAAAUGUUACCAAAUUGACAGUUGUACCACACCUAAAUGUUGUUCUUGUUCUCGGUAACAAAGUUUUGCGUCACUACCCACUUCAGCUGCUUGUCGAGGUAUAUUAUGAGCGGAAGGAAAGAUUGAGCUCAUUCCCGAUAAUCAAUGAAGAGAUUUUGUUUUAUGAGGUGGGGCGCCAUAAUGAAAUUCCCACAUUAUUUGUCGCCAGGAAGGCUGCAGGAGAAGUUCGAUUCAAGGUUUUCAUCUUCGACACUGAUGCCAAUGGAAUUUUGACAUCAUUCUCUUUGAUAAAAGAGUUCUACAUUGCGGGACAAUGUUAUGGACUUUCUAUCUUCAACACGUCUAUUGCUGUGCAUACAGAGCGAGGCUUUGAAGUGAUGAAGUUGAGUACUCUCUCGCCUCGAACGAUCCCAGAUCUACCAGAGUCUGGGAACAAGAAGAUUGACUCGUAUGGCAGAAAAACUGGCAAGCACACAGACGUUAUCCGGCGUGCCAUUUCUCAUUGCAGCCCCAUGGGGAUGUUCAAGCUUAACAACAACAAGGAGUUUUUGUUGGUGUACAAGGAUUUGGCUAUCUUUGUGAACAAAGCUGGCAGUCUUUCUCGUACAACCACCGUGAGAUUUGAUUUCCGCCCCACAAGCAUCUCCUUUGUUGACAACAAUCUCUUCCUUGUUUGUGAGGAAGUUAUCGAAGUAUGGUCCAUUAGUGACUCUACAGAUGGGAAGAAUACGUUGAUCCAGGUGAUUCCUAGCAAAGGUAUACGCAUGAUCAAUAGUGACCGUCUCAUGUUCUCAACAACGAACCCGCAAAACCAAGGUUUGCAGAUGGUGUUCCAGAUGUUGCCCCGCAAGCAAAAGUUAUAG